AGUCGGUUUCUGAUUCUGGGCAGGAAUCCAUACCCUUUCUCCGCCCCUGCUCUUUCUCACACCGAAUUCCGGUAACUUCUCUCUCUCUCUCCCUCUCUCUCUCACUCUCCAUUUCCAAACCCUAGAAACUUUCCCACCUGAAAUUUUCUCAGCAACCAAACAGACCCGUAUAGCUCUUUCUAGGGUUUCGAAAGUACCAUUCUCCACCUCAAACGAUUCCCACGGCUCGAUACAAUGAUUUUCUCAAGCAUCGGACGCUGGAUCACCCACUCGGCUCGUUCCAAAUUCAAAAGAAAUGUGAUUUCGGGUACUUACAACAGGAGGAACACGCUGCUGCACGAUUCCUUUCCGCAGUUGUCGACGCUGCUCGGCAAUGAGUGCGUUGAUGGCGGCGUAGGGAUUCUGAAGGGAUAUAUAGCUUAUAAUGGAGCUGGGAAGCGGCUAAUUUCAAAAGCAUACAUGUCGAAUGUGAAGUCUGUUUUCGGAAUCCCUAGAAUUCGUCGCUUGUUCUCCAGCCAAGGUCCCGAGAAGAAAAAUUACGAAAAUUAUUAUCCGAAAAAUAAGAAGGAAAUUCCGAAAGGGGGUGAACAGAAAACGGAGUCCAAAGAGGGCUCAAGUGCAGGUGGUCAGGGGAAUGCCCAGGGACAGUUUUCGAAGCAGAUUCAAGAUUUACUUGCUCCUUUAAUGUUCAUUUGCUUUAUUGUCACAUCAUUAUUCCUUAAUCCUCAUCAAGCGAAGGAGAUAAGUUUCCAAGAAUUUAAAAACAAGCUACUUGAACCUGGGUUGGUCGAUCACAUUGAAGUUGCAAACAAAUCAGUUGCAAAAGUGUAUGUGAGGAGCUCCCCACGCGAAAAAGUUCAUAGUGAUGAUUCUGUUAGUAGUCCUGUUAAAGGUUCUCCUUCCGAAGGAAAUGUAACCCAGUAUAAAUAUUAUUUUAACAUUGGGAGUGUUGAAUCUUUCGAAGAAAAGUUGGAGGAAGCUCAAGAAGCUUUAGGGAUUGAUCGUCAUGAUUUUGUUCCUGUAAUUUAUGCAUCCCAAGUAAUGUGGUUGCAAGAGUUGUUAAGGUAUGGGCCAACAGUGUUGCUUCUGGGAGCCCUUUGGUUCAUGAGCCGAAAAAUGCCUAACAUUGGUGGUCCAGGUGGAACAGGUGGCCGAGGCAUAUUCAACAUAGGUAAAGCACAGAUCACGAAGUUGGACAAGAAUGCCAAAAACAAGGUUUACUUUAAAGAUGUAGCGGGCUGUGAUGAGGCUAAGCAAGAAAUAAUGGAGUUUGUGCACUUUCUAAAAAAUCCUAAGAAAUAUGAGGAAUUGGGAGCAAAAAUUCCAAAAGGUGCUCUUCUUGUUGGCCCUCCUGGAACAGGAAAGACGCUUCUUGCAAAGGCAACUGCUGGUGAAUCUGGGGUGCCUUUUCUAUCUAUAUCUGGUUCAGAUUUUAUGGAAAUGUUUGUUGGUGUUGGUCCGUCAAGGGUUCGAAGCUUAUUUCAAGAGGCAAGACAGUGCGCACCCAGUAUAAUAUUUAUUGAUGAGAUUGAUGCAAUUGGCCGGGCAAGAGGGCGUGGAGGCUUUUCAGGUGGCCAUGACGAGCGUGAAAGUACUCUCAAUCAAUUGCUUGUAGAAAUGGAUGGAUUUGGAACCACUGCUGGAGUUGUUGUACUUGCUGGCACUAAUAGGCCUGAUAUUCUGGAUAAAGCUCUCUUGAGGCCAGGCCGGUUUGACCGUCAAAUUACUAUUGAUAAACCAGACAUCAAAGGUCGUAACCAGAUUUUUCAAAUAUAUCUGAGCAAGCUCAAGCUGGAUCUGGAAGCAUCAUUUUACUCCGAGAGGCUUGCUGCUCUCACUCCUGGAUUUGCUGGAGCAGACAUAGCAAACGUCUGCAAUGAAGCUGCCUUGAUUGCUGCAAGAAAUGAGAGUCCAAAGAUAACCAUGAAACAUUUUGAAGCGGCUAUAGACAGGGUGAUAGGCGGCCUAGAAAAGAAGAACAAGGUUAUUAGCAAGUUGGAAAGACGCACUGUUGCUUACCAUGAAUCUGGUCAUGCUGUUGCGGGUUGGUUCCUGGAACAUGCAGAACCUUUGCUUAAAGUAACUAUUGUUCCACGUGGCACUGCAGCACUGGGGUUUGCUCAGUAUGUUCCGAAUGAAAAUCUUCUUAUGACCAAAGAGCAGCUUUUUGAUAUGACAUGCAUGACCCUUGGUGGCCGAGCUGCUGAGCAGGUUUUGUUGGGGAAGAUUUCAACUGGAGCACAGAACGACUUGGAGAAAGUGACCAAAAUGACUUAUGCUCAAGUUGCAGUGUAUGGCUUCAGCGACAAGGUAGGUCUUCUUUCGUUUCCUCAGAGGGAGGAUUCAUUUGAGAUGACCAAGCCAUACAGUAGCAAAACCGGUGCAAUAAUUGACAGUGAAGUUAGAGAAUGGGUGGGUAAAGCAUACUUCCGCACCGUCCAGUUGAUAGAGGAGCACAAAGAGCAUGUAGGACAGAUUGCAGAGCUGUUGCUGGAAAAGGAAGUCCUUCACCAAGAGGAUUUGAUUCGAGUACUGGGAGAACGCCCAUUCAAGUCGAAUGAGCCCACAAACUAUGACAGAUUCAAGGAAGGGUUUCAAGAAGAAGAUAAGGAGGCUAAAGAGACCAAUGCGAAGGAUGGUCGGUCGCCACCCAUUCAACCGGAUGUCGUUGCGCCUGCAUAGUGCAAAGUGAUUUCAUGGGAUUAUGUGUUUAUAAAAUGAAUCCGGUCAAAGGUUACGUCUUUCGCCAGAAGUGAUUGUAAAACUGCUCUGUAUAUCUCAUAGGUGCGGUCUGGUUUCGCCUACGAUUUCUUGUUAAUUUCGUUUAGGAACGUCUGGUUGAAUCGGUUUUAGAAAAGAGUUUUUUACACCAACA